AACACCUUUAUCUUCUCUACAACCUCGAAAACAGCUCCCUCUCCGGCAUGAUGGAGAAGAUCACGGAUAAGAUCAAUGCUCUGCCCGAUGGCGCAAAUUACUUCUCCCUCGAGUUCUUCCCGCCGAAGACGUCAAUGGGAUUUGCCAACCUCUCGAGUCGACUUGAACGCAUGUCGCAAGCCCUUCGACCUCUAUUCGUAACCGUAACUUGGGGAGCAGGUGGCUCGACUGCUACCAAAUCACUCGAACUCGCAGAGAUAUGCCAGCGACAAUUGGGACUUACAACAUGUCUACACCUUACCUGCACGAACAUGAACCGCUCCUUGAUCGAUGACGCGCUCGAACAGGCGAAAGUUCUUGGUAUCCGCAACAUCCUUGCCCUGCGCGGUGAUGCGCCUAGGUCCGAAGAAUAUCGAGACGAUGCGCAGCUGCCCGAAGAGGACUCGAAUAGGGAUUUCACUUGGGCGAUAGAUCUCGUCAAAUAUAUCAGAGCCAAAUACGGCGACUACUUCUGCAUAGGUGUGGCAGCAUAUCCAGAAGGACAUUCCGACGAGUCGUAUCCUGAGCACCAGGAUCCCGCACGCGAUCUACCAUAUCUAGUUGAGAAGGUACAGGCCGGAGCAGACUUUGUUAUGACGCAGCUUUUCUUCGAAGUGAAGGCAUACGACAAGUUUGAGAAGUCAUUACGAACACACGAGAGCGGUGCUUUCAAGACAAUACCAAUUAUACCGGGUUUAAUGCCCAUCCAGAGCUACUCCAUAUUGAGGAGAACCACCAAGCUCAGUCAUGCAAAAUUACCUGGCAAGAUGUUGGAAAGGCUUGAUGCUGUACAGACCGAUGACGAGUUGGUCAAGAAGGUUGGCGUGGAUAUCUUGAGUGAAAUGGUGGAUCAUAUCAAAAAGCAGACAAGUGCAUCGCGGCGAGGCUUCCAUUUCUAUACGCUAAACCUGGAGAAAGCAGUUUCUCACGUUUUGGAGAACUGUCACCUUAUUCCUCCCACGCUACAAGAGGAAGAUGAGGAGGCUGUCGUUGACAUUACCGGUCCAGGUAUCUUUGUACAACCACCAGAAGGUGCACAAAACAGCCAACGGCGUCGCGUCUCAUCUGUCAACUCCUCCCCACACAACAGGAUCAUUGUAUCCCGACCAUCGAAAUCUAGUAACCCAAGCUAUGAAGCUUGGGAUGACGAGGCUGGCAUACCGAAAGGGCCCAUCAACACUCGUGCAAACACGCUUGCCAUCUCUGAAGGAGAAGGAUCUUUGGGAAGAGAGGCUACGUGGGACGAUUUCCCGAACGGCCGCUGGGGCGAUGCACGAAGCCCUGCUUUUGGUGAAAUUGACGGCUAUGGUCCAACCUUGCACGUUUCUACCCCACAAGCCUUGAAACUUUGGGGUCAUCCCGUUGCGAAAGAUGAUAUCUCUACUCUUUUCCGAAAACACAUCCAGGGCGAAAUUGAUGCCUUGCCUUGGAGUGAACAAGGUCUCGCUCCUGAGACAAGUACUAUCAGCAAAGAGCUCCUAUCGCUCAACGCCAAAGGCUGGUGGACUGUAGCGUCGCAGCCAGCAGUCAAUGGAGUGAAAUCCACCGACCCGGUUUACGGAUGGGGGCCCAAGAAUGGAUUCGUCUUCCAAAAGCCCUUUGUCGAGUUCUUCAUCCCGGCGUCAGACUGGAAGAAGCUCCAACCCCGCCUUGACGCCCACGAACAGGUCACAUACUUUGCCGGUAAUGCCAAAGGUGACUUCGAGGCAAGUUCAGACGACGGCGUGAAUCCAGUGACCUGGGGUACCUUCGCAGGCAAGGAAAUUGUCACACCGACCAUCAUCGAGGAAGUCAGCUUCAAGAGCUGGAUUGAGGAGGCAUAUUCAAUCUGGAAAGAAUGGCAGCGUGUCUACCCACCGCGCAGUGCGUCGAGUAAAUUCUUGGGUGAAUGCUGGGAGGACUGUUGGCUGGUGAACGUGAUAUGGGGCGAUUACGUGCAGGGCCAUGGGCUUUGGGACUUCUUGAAGGCGGAGCUGUGAGCGGAUAAAUCUACUCGUAUUGAGGGGGUCGGUGGCCCGUGCACUAUGUACCAGUACAUUCCAGAAGGGUUCUAUUUAAUGGAAUAGCUAACAGCGAUGACUCAAAAACCUGUGCGUAUAUCAUAAAACUUGUUAACGUCUUGCAGUAUUUGGAAUGUUCGAUUGACACUGAGCUUCUCCG